GCCAGCCAUUCAAGUUGCGAAGCCUGCUGGUGCCACACUAGCGAAUCUUUCACCGAAUCCCUCCGUACCUGAAGCACUCUACACUCCCGACGAUGAGGCUGCGGCUCAGUGUCCUGCUCCUACUGCUCCACCUGGGCUGCCUGGCGCUGGCUCUCACCAGCAGCAGACACUCCUGCGGCGACGGCUCGGACAGCUCUUCGGCUAUCUGCAGUGACCGGCGCUGGAACCUCCAGCACCGGGGCCCCGACGAGUACGAUGAGCGUCUGGUCUACAGACAAGCUCCUCAGAUCUCCGACCGCCGCGGCGAGAAGCGCGAAGAGACGAGGGUCAGGUUGGACUCCAUUGCUCGAGAGGGGACGCGGGAUGCCCGUGAAGAGCGAGUUGAAUCACGUGAAGCUCGGCAGGAGCGAGAAGAGCGAGUAGAACGACGUGAAGAUCGUCUAGAGCGUGAAAGCCGUGAAGAACGCCGAGAGGAGAGAGUUGAACCACGAGGAGAUCGUCUAGAGCGAGAAGAACGACACCAACGCCGUGAAGAACGACGAGAAGAGCGAGUGGAAAGGCGGGAGGAGCGAGUGGAACGACGUGAAGCUCGUGUAGAUCGUCGUGAUGCUCGUGAGGAUCGAGAAACUGAACUUGUGGAACGAGUACAAAGACGUGAAGCUCGUCAGGAACGAGUGGAGCCACGUGAGGCUCGAGAUCAGCAAGUAGAACGAUAUUCCGAGCGACGUGGACAACGUGAGGAGCGAGUGCAGCCCCGAGAGUCUCGUGAAGAGCGAUCCGAGCGACGUGUGGAAGAGAAUCGUCGUAUUGUUCGAGAAGAGCAGGAUAGGACCUUGCGUCGUCAGGAGAAUCGCCGAGAAAUGGGGGAGGAGCGACGCGAAACACGACGAUUAGAAAGGGACGCUCGCCGAGUUGAGGAGCAUGAAGAUCGUCGUGAAGACCGCGAAGUGGCUAGGGACUCUGCCCAAAACGAACGUGUAGAACGCCAAUCCUCACGAGGAAUGCAGCGCGAAUCAGAGCUGGACAACCGACGCCGCGAAGAGCGUGUGGUUCGGGAGCGGUUGGAGCUAUCCAGAAGGGAACCAGCCGAUGAGCGUCGCGUGGACAAUCGUAGGGAAGAGCGUGACGGCGAGCGAGUUGAGACAAGGCGCCAGGACGAACGCCGUGUGGUUUCUUUCGACCAAGACUUGUCCAGGCGUCAGGAAGACCGAGAAUCUCAGCGAGUUGUUCGUGGAGUAGAGCGAGUUGAUAGCCGCAGGGUGGAGAAUGAGCGACAGGAGUCCCGUGGCGAAAGGCGGGAGGAGCGACAAGCUCGGGAUCGUCGAAAUGAUCUCAUUAAAGAGACUCGUGAAGUUCAGCGCAGGAAAGAGCGAGAAGUUCAGAGGCGGGAGGAACGAGAUGGUUCCCGUCAAGAGGAGCGACGAGUGGAGCGGGAGGUCCUGCGUCGACAGGAGCGACGAGGAGAGCGAGAAGUUGACAGACGAGAGGAGCGAGAAGCCGAGCGACGGGAGCAACGCAACGAAGUACGACGAGAGGAGCGAGAUGAGGAGCGCCAAGAGGAGCAAGAGGCUCGUCGAGAGGAACGAAGAGGGGAGCGUCGACAGGAGCGAGAAGCUGAGCGGAGAGAUGCGGAGCGACGACAGGAGCGAGAAGCUGAGCGACGAGAAGAACGAGUUAUCGACUCCUUCCGUGUCCUUCCCAGCAAGGACUCGUUGAGCUAUGGAAAGCGAGAGCUGUUGGUGACUGGCCAAAUCUUGCUCCUGGCAGCGCUCUACAAGAAGUCCACCGCCAACGGCAAGGGACUGGGUGCCCAGAUUCAGGGCUACCUGCAGGCCCUUGGCUGCUAAGCGGAAGAAAGACUAGGCCCUGAAAGAAGAAAGAACGAACCCCCAAAUGGAAAACCAGAUAGAAUCGAAGACAACGAACGAAAUCGAAACGGAAAAUGCAAACGGACCCGAUAGCGAGCACAGGAUGCGGGGACAGGAUGUGUGGUGGGAGGCACAACUUAAUCCAACUGUUACUGUAACUAAACUGUUAGCCAGCACAAGCAUAAAGAAAAUAUAUGAGCGAUGCCCGAGUACCAUAGUCGGAGCAUCUGCAUCUGCAUUGCA